CAAGCCGACUGUCAACUGAGCUGGGCAUGGGGACGGUGUAGCAGGAAAGUCGAAACUCUUGCUUUAGAUGAAGCGUGAAACAAUAUUAGUACUUACAGUAUUAACAUUCAGGAAUGAUGAAUGAUGCUGUUCAAGGAACAGUAAUCUUACAAUCGCCAUGAAUGUAGUAAUGAUUACAUGUUGCGGUUAAGGUUAUGCUAGCGUUUAGCUAACUGAUAUCAAAUAGCUGCAUUAGAUAUUCUUUAGUCUUAUCCUUACGGUUCGAUCUUGGAAUAUGCAUUCGCUUACAAAGAUAAUAUUAAGAGCCCCCCUUGUUACAGUAUGUGGUUUGAACACACCUGUAUUGGGGAGGGCAAGCCUUCGGAAUUUCAGCACCUCUCGCGGUCGCAUGACCGUGAUGCCUGCGUGGGUCAUUGACAAGUACGGUGACAACGAUGUGCUGAGAUUCACCAAAAAUGCUCCGUUCCCAAUUAUCCACUACCCUAAUGAGGUUAUCGUCAAAGUCCACUCCACAUCUCUAAAUCCUAUAGAUGUCAGCAUGAGGGGUGGUUAUGGUGCUGCCACUAUGGCUAUGAAGCGGGACCCCCUAUACAUGAACCAGAAGGGGAGUGAGUUCCCCUUGAUCCUUGGUCGCGACCUCUCCGGGGUCAUCAUGGAGUGUGGCUUGGACGUGGCCUACUAACCAGGAGAUGAGGUAUGGGCUGCCAUCCCCCCCUGGAAACAGGGCAGUCUAGCCGAGUUUGUGGUCCUCAGCGCUAACGAGGUGGCACACAAGCCCGCGUCUCUGAGCCACUCCGAGGCGGCGGCCAUUCCCUACGUGGCCUCCACAGCCUGGUCAGCCGUGGUCAACACAGGCGGACUCAACAAAGACAACAGUGCCAAGAAACGUGUGCUGAUCCUGGGAGCUUCGGGUGGCGUUGGAACCUUUACCAUACAGAUGUUGAAGGCCUGGGGUGCCCACGUGACGGCCACCUGCUCUGGCAGUGCUGAGGGCCUAGUGAGAGGUCUGGGGGCCGACGCUGUGGUGGAUUACACCAUCGGCCCGGUGCAGAAACAGCUCAAAGACAUGGAGAAGUUUGAUCUGAUUCUGGAUAACAUCGGGGGGGACACCGAGGCAUGGGCCCUGGGCCUCCUCAAGCCAUGGUGUGGGGCCAAAUACGUCACCUUGCUGACGCCCUUCCUCCGGAACACUGACCUGCUGGGAAUAGCAGACGGAAUGCUUCAGAACGCAGCCACUGUGGCAUCCAAAGUGGCUAAGCACUUGUGUAAAGGUGUGCACUAUCGCUGGGGUUUCUUCGCACCCAGUGGCCCUGCACUGGACGACAUUAAAGAAAUGGUGGACGCUGGUCAGGUGAAGCCGGUGGUGGGGGAGACGUUCCCUUUCUCUCAGGUCCCGCAGGCCUUCCUGAAGGUGGAGGCAGGCCACGCCCGUGGCAAGACCGUCAUUAAUGUCAUCUGAGAAGAUGCCGUCGCUCAGAUCGCUCAGUAACCAUGGCGAUUACACAACAGAGAUUGUUUUCGUGGUCCACAUCUGCCUGCAGGGACGAGUCUGCAGUGUGGGUUGUGGCGUUGCCACCAGUCAGUCAUUUCCUGCCCGUGUGUGUGUGUGUGUGUGUGUGUGUGUGUGUUUGUGUGUGUGUGUGUGUGUGUGUGUGUUUGCGCGCGCCACGCACGCACAUUGGAACUCGUAUUUGUCGAAUUUGUUUGUCACGGUAUGGUGAGCGAGUAUGUGUGGAAUGCAUUGCCAUCACAGAGACAAUAAAAGAUUCUUUAAUCCUU